AUGUCAAAAAUUAUAAGAGCUCAAAAGAAAACCUUAUAUCGCUACAAAAAACAAAUAGAAAACCUAAAAGAAUCAUUAAAAAAGACUGAAAAUGAAUUUGAAAACAUCCGAACUUUAGGUGAAAACCCGAAUCCAGUAACCGAAAAAGCAACAACACCAAAGACAGAAAAGUUUAUGCAAGGAACCAUCCCAAAUAUUCCUAGUCCUGAUAAAAAAAGGAUGACUUCAUUCAAAAGUCAACGAGUAGUUGAAAACGGCUUCAUGCCAACAUUUAAAGUCCAGGGCCAGGUUUACCACCUUGCAGGUAGUCUUCUUCCACAAGUUCCUGACGACCAUAAGUUUUUGCAGAUAUAUUUUAUUUCCGAUCCUGAAGUUCAAGCAACGACUCGAUUUAAUAUUAGUAAUAGUAAUUCAAGAACACCACUUGAUAACUCUAUAGUCAGGUCAUUGCAAAACAUGUUGCAUUUGCAUAAUAGAUACGUACAAUCUUUUAAAACUGCAAUGGAAAGUAUCUCUCUCGAUGUCCCAGAUUACAAUGUAGUAAUUCAUGCCAGCAGGGUACCUGACGGUGAACACCGUGGACGGUAUAAUGCUCCUUCUACCAGUGAAGUAGCAGUUGUCAUUGCUGGACAACAAUUUCACAAAAGGGAUAUCGUUCUUCGAAGCCGCGACGAAAAUCUCCACAAAAUUUCCGAACUACAUCGUUCAUAUGACAGUCUUCAAUAUCCAUUGAUGUUUUGUCGAGGUGAAGACGGAUACACAAUUGAUAUUCCCCAAGUUAAUCCUUCUACAGGAGACAGAGUACAGAAGAAAGUUUCAUGUAUGAAUUAUUAUUGCUAUCGUUUAAUGGAACGCCAUAAUCAUUAUAAUGUUUUACUAAGGUACGGAAUGUUACUGAAUCAAUAUGUUGUAGAUCAGUAUGCUAAACUAGAAUCAGAACGUUUAGCUUUUAUACGAAAUAACCAAACACAAUUACGCGCAGAAAAUUAUAUACACUUACAGGAUGCUUUACAUUCUAAUGAACACACGACAAACAAUAUUGGGCAGCUGGUAAUAUUACCGUCAUCUUUUACUGGCGGACCAAGAUACUUACACGAAAAAACUCAAGAUGCCAUGACCUAUGUCAGGAAUUACGGGAAACCUGACCUCUUCAUUACUAUGACCUGUAAUCCUAAUUGGAAAGAAAUAAAAGAUAAUCUGCAUUCCACCGCAACACCUCAAGACCGAUAUGACAUUUUAAAUCAAUCACCAGACCAAGACGAAGACCCAACAUUGUAUGACAUCGUGGUAAGGAACAUGAUUCACGGACCCUGUGGAGCUUUAAACCCUAACUCGCCAUGCAUGCAUGAGGGAAAAUGUUCAAAAAAAUUCCCAAAACCAUAUCAGAGUCAAACUUCAACUGGUGAUGAUGGCUAUCCAAAGUAUAGAAGAUUAUCACCAGAGGAAGGAGGACGCAAGGCUGCUAUUCGUAAUUACGAAAUUGAUAACAGAUGGGUAGUGCCUAACAAUAAACUAUUAUUAAAAAUUUUCGAGGCGCAUGUUAAUGUAGAACUUUGCAGUUCCGUGAAAUCAAUAAAAUAUGUCACUAAAUACAUCAAUAAAGGAAGUGACCAGGCUACGUUUAGUUUACAUUCUACAAAUGAAGUAGAACAAUUUCAAUCUGGCCGCUACAUUUGUAGUUCUGAAGCACUAUGGCGGAUUAUGUCCUUCAACAUUCAUGAAAGAGCACCAACUGUCACACACCUCGCUGUUCAUUUAGAAAACGGACAGCGGGUGUAUUUCACUGAAAAUAAUGUAAAUGACAUUGUGAAUAAUCCAAGAGAUACUACUUUAACAGCGUUUUUCAAACUAUGUGCAGAGGACGACUUCGCAAAAACUCUGACCUACGACAAGGUGCCUGCCUAUUAUACCUGGAAUCAAAAUACGAAAAAAUUCCAACGACGAAAGCAGGGGGCGGUAGUUCUCGGGUACCCUGGCGUGAGAAAAACAGAUGCUCUUGGAAGGGUGUACGUGGUACACCCUAAUAAUGCAGAAUGUUUUCAUUUGCGGUUGUUACUCCACGUUAUAAAAGGCCCUACUUCGUUUAGAAGUCUCCGCACUUUUGAAGGUGUAACUUACGACACAUUCCAAGGGGCUUACAAAGCUAUGGGCCUCCUCGAAGAUGACAGUCACUGGGAGAGUACGCUCUCUGAAGCAGCCAUAUGCUGUUCACCAAAAUCACUUAGGUGCCUUUUUGCCAUUAUGAUAUCGUUCUGCCAAAUCACGGACCCGCAUCUUCUUUGGCAAAACUAUCAGGAAAGUAUGUCCGAAGAUAUACUGCAACGCAGACGACAAGAACUGUCAUCAGAUGAUUUAGAGUACGACCAAAAUAUUUUUGAUGAAGCUUUAAAUGAAUUAAAUAAAGAGGUCGAAUCUCUAUCAGGUAAAAGUAUAAAAGAUUUUGGUUUUAACUUGCCGUUAAAUUCAAAUCUUUAUGCAAUGAACAACAUCGAGGAUUUACGAGAGACUGACUAUGAUUACACCCAACUCUUACAGACAAUUCAAGAUGAACAUCGCUUAAAUCCAGAACAAAAAAUUGUUUACGACCAAAUAUUGUCAUCAGUUAAUAGUAAUGAAGGGAAAAUGUUCUUUCUAGAUGCACCCGGGGGCACGGGUAAAACAUUUAUAAUUAAUUUAUUAUUAGCAAAAGUAAGGUUUGACAGAAAAAUUGCUCUUGCCGUGGCGUCGUCCGGUAUUGCAGCCACACUUUUGAAAGGCGGGCGAACUGCACAUUCCACUUUCAAACUACCUUUAAAAAUUUGCAGUGACGACGUCUCUAGCGUUUGUAACAUCUCAAAACAGAGUAAAACAGGUAAAUUAAUGCAGGAUUGUAGCUUGAUUAUUUGGGACGAAGCUUCCAUGUCCCAUAAAGCAUCAGUUGAGGCAUUAGACAGGACAAUGCGCGAUUUACGCAACAGAAAUUGCCCAAUGGGUGGCUGCACCGUUUUGUUUUCUGGAGACUUUCGUCAAAUUUUGCCAGUCAUAGCAAGGGGGACUAGAGCUGACGAAGAAAGGGCUAUAUUGGCACCUACUAAUGAACAGGUUGAUAAAAUUAAUCAUUUAAUUAUUUCCAAGUUUGAAGCACCAUCACAGAUAUACUAUUCAGUUGAUACAGUUUUGGAUACCGCAGAGGCAGUACAUUAUCCAACUGAAUUUUUGAAUUCUUUAGUUCCUCCCGGAAUUCCUCCACACAAGUUAAUAUUAAAAACACUGUGUGACAAAAAGAUACACGUGGCGCCUAAGGUGUUCUUAGUUCUACAGUACAAUUGA